GGCUAUUUCAUGUAGGAAAGGACCCACCUGGUUCCCCUGCAGCUUGGGCCCUGCCUGGAGGACCCCAGGCCCCUCCUUGGUCUGGCCUCCUCCCUUCUGGACUUGGCUACAGAUCCUGGGCUGCAAACCUGCAGGGACAGAUGGUUGCAGGUUGGAGGGACAGGCUGCACCUAGGGAGGUCAUUCUGACUGAAGGCAGGCCCCGGGCUUGUUCCUGGUGUGGGGGUCUCUCAAGUGGACACCAUGAACCCAGGACUGGCCCCUGUAGGAAGAUGAGAUCUGGGAGGCUGGAGCAGGCUGGUGUGAGUGCCAGGAGCCAUCGUGAGCACCAUGGCAAAGAGGGAGGACAGCCCUGGCCCAGAGGUCCAGCCAAUGGACAAGCAGUUCCUGGUGUGCAGCAUCUGCCUGGAUCGGUACCGGUGCCCCAAGGUUCUGCCUUGCCUGCAUACCUUCUGUGAGAGAUGCCUCCAGAACUACAUCCCUGCCCAGAGCCUGACGCUGUCCUGUCCGGUGUGUCGGCAGACAUCCAUCCUCCCUGAGCAGGGUGUCUCGGCACUGCAGAAUAACUUCUUCAUCAGCAGCCUCAUGGAGGCGAUGCAGCAAGCAUCUGAUGGGGCCCAUGACCCCGAAGACCCCCACCCCCUCAGUGCAGUGGCUGGCCGCCCCCUCUCCUGCCCCAACCAUGAAGGCAAGACGAUGGAGUUUUACUGUGAGGCCUGUGAGACAGCCAUGUGUGGCGAGUGUCGGGCAGGGGAGCACCGGGAGCACGGCACGGUGCUGCUACGUGACGUGGUGGAGCAGCACAAGGCAGCCCUGCAGCGCCAGCUGGAGGCUGUGCGAGGCCGACUGCCACAGCUGUCUGCAGCUAUUGCCUUAGUGGGGGGCAUCAGCCAGCAGCUGCAGGAGCGCAAAGCAGAGGCUCUGGCCCAGAUCAGCGCAGCCUUUGAGGACCUGGAGCAAGCAUUACAGCAGCGCAAGCAGGCUCUGGUCAGCGACCUGGAGGCCAUUUGUGGGGCCAAGCAGAAGGUGUUGCAGACCCAGCUAGACACACUGCGCCAGGGUCAAGAACACAUCGGCAGUAGCUGCAGCUUCGCGGAACAGGCACUGCGCCUGGGCUCAGCCCCGGAGGUGUUACUGGUGCGCAAGCACAUGCGAGAGCGGCUGGCAGCGUUGGCAGCGCAGGCCUUCCCAGAGAGGCCACACGAGAAUGCGCAGCUGGAACUGGUCCUCGAGGUAGAUGGGCUGCGGCGAUCGGUGCUCAAUCUGGGUGCACUGCUCACUACGAACGCCACUGCACACGAGACGGUGGCCACAGGUGAAGGCCUGCGCCAGGCACUGGUAGGCCAGCCCGCCUCGCUCACUGUCACUACCAAAGACAAAGAUGGGCGUCUCGUGCGUACGGGCAGCGCCGAGCUGCGUGCGGAGCUCACGGGCCCCGACGGCACGCGCCUUCCAGUGCCAGUGGUGGACCACAAGAAUGGCACGUACGAGCUGGUGUACACGGCGCGCUGCGAGGGCGAGCUCCUUCUCUCAGUGCUGCUAUACGGCCAGCCCGUGCGCGGCAGCCCCUUUCGCGUGCGUGCCCUGCGUCCUGGGGACCUGCCACCGUCUCCAGACGACGUCAAGCGCCGCGUCAAGUCUCCUGGUGGCCCAGGCAGCCACGUGCGCCAGAAGGCGGUGCGGAGGCCUAGCUCCAUGUACAGCACAGGCGGCAAGCGGAAGGACAAUCCCAUUGAGGAUGAGCUCGUCUUCCGAGUUGGCAGUCGUGGAAGGGAGAAGGGUGAAUUUACUAAUUUACAGGGUGUGUCCGCAGCUAGCAGUGGCCGCAUAGUGGUAGCAGACAGCAACAACCAAUGUAUUCAGGUUUUCUCCAAUGAAGGCCAGUUCAAGUUCCGCUUUGGGGUCCGAGGGCGCUCACCUGGGCAGCUGCAGCGCCCCACAGGUGUGGCAGUGGACACCAACGGAGACAUUAUUGUGGCAGACUAUGACAACCGUUGGGUCAGCAUCUUCUCCCCUGAGGGCAAGUUCAAGACAAAGAUUGGAGCUGGCCGCCUCAUGGGCCCCAAGGGGGUAGCUGUAGACCGGAACGGACAUAUCAUUGUGGUCGACAACAAGUCCUGCUGCGUCUUCACCUUCCAACCAAAUGGCAAGCUGGUCGGCCGUUUUGGGGGCCGUGGGGCCACUGACCGUCACUUUGCAGGGCCCCACUUUGUGGCUGUGAACAACAAGAAUGAGAUUGUAGUGACGGAUUUCCAUAACCAUUCAGUGAAGGUGUACAGUGCCGAUGGAGAGUUCCUCUUCAAGUUUGGCUCCCAUGGUGAGGGCAAUGGGCAGUUUAACGCCCCGACGGGAGUAGCUGUGGACUCCAAUGGGAACAUCAUCGUGGCUGACUGGGGCAACAGCCGUAUCCAGGUAUUCGACAGCUCUGGCUCCUUCCUAUCCUACAUCAACACAUCUGCAGAGCCACUGUAUGGCCCACAGGGCCUGGCACUGACCUCGGAUGGCCACGUGGUGGUAGCCGAUGCUGGCAACCACUGCUUUAAGGCCUAUCGCUACCUCCAGUAGCUGCACAGAGGCCCUGCCUGGCUCAUGGAGGGACGGACAUAGGGGUGAUUGGACAGGAGGGUCUGGUCCAGAGUUGGGCCAGACCUGGCAGCACUGAAUGUGGGCUGUGGGCGUGGGUGCGCCCGGUGCCCUCCCUCUUCCCGUCUCCCAACCCCACGGUUGCACUUUAUUUAUUCGGUUCUUGCUUUGGUAACUGGGUGGGCCUGGACUGUGGUCCCAAGGAUGUGUGCAGAGCUUCACCCUACCCCCCUUACACGUCACCCCUGUCCCCUUAGUCUGCUCCUCACCCCCCAUCCUGGGGCCGGAACAGCCUCUUACUCCAGGGCAGAAGUCCCUCUGGUUGUCUCCCUACCACCCCAUACACACUGACAGAGACAGCAAUACCCCACCCCCAUAUUAAAUAAAUGUGUUCGCCA